CUCCACACUAAACAUUAUUUAAAAAUAUGGAAGAACUUCGUCAGCUUGAAUUUUUAUCUUUGUUAUCUAAGGUUUGUACUGAACUGGAGAACCAUUUAAAAAUAAAUGAUAAAACACUUGCUGAAUUUAUCAUCAUGCUUGCUAGUAAAAGCAAAACAGUUAAAGGUUUUAAAAGUCAAUUAUAUAAAAAUGGUGCUGAAUUUCCUGAUUCAUUGAUUUUAAAUUUGCAUCGAUUGACUAAACAUUUACAUCCUGUUUGCCCAUCAAAGAGAGAACUAUAAAAAAUCUUAAUGUUGAAGACAAUACCAAGUUGGUUCUAUGCAAGCAAAAGUUUCCUGGCUUAACUAUACCUGAUAAACCAGUUGGAAAAAAAGCAAAGGUCGCACUCUCCAAAAGUUGAGAGUCUCUUGCAGUUGGACAGAUAUAUGAUGGGAAAAUUUCCAACAUAAUGCAAUUUGGUUGUUUUGUUCAACUUUUUGGUAUUCGCUUCUGUGUUGAAGGUCUAGUUCAUAUCUCCCAGGUAAAUUAAAAACAGUUUUUUAUG